CCAGGAAGCAGCUUGCAAGUGGACUGUUCUGAAGGCGAAACCCUUCUGUGAUUUUUGGGAUCGGAUCCGAUGCUCAUCCCUCAGCUUAGUGCUGCUGAAUCAGCUCUGUGCAUACUGUUGAUCGGCAUGGCCCAGGUGGGCGGCCAGGAGGAUGGGGAGAAAACCACAGCACUCAAGGGUGAAUAAUUUGCUGUCAAGAAUAGACUUAGAUGAACUCAUGAAGAAAGAUGAACCCCCUUUCACAUUCCCCAAAACCCUGGAGGAGUUUGAAUAUGCCUUUAAUGAGCAUGGACAGCUCAGGCACAUAAAGACAGGAGAACCUUUUAUCUUCAAUGCAAGAGAAGAUCUCCACCGCUGGAACCAGAAACGUUAUGAAGCUCUCGGAGAGAUUAUCACUCAAUAUGUCUAUGAGCUGCUGGAGACAAAGUGCAACCUGACUAAAGCAAUUUUACCACUUGACGCCACUGUGGAUGAGCCUUUUACUUUUGUCUACCUAAGCCCCAAUGCCUUGUCCAACCCAUCCAAGCUACUGGUGCUGAUCCAGGGCAGCGGUGUGGUGCGGGCCGGUCAGUGGGCUCGAAGACUCAUCAUCAACCAGGACCUGGACUCAGGAACGCAGAUCCCCUUCAUCACCAGAGCCAUGGAGGAGGGCUACAGUGUGAUGGUACUCAACCCAAAUGAGAACUUCCUGGAGGUGGAAAAACCGUCCUCCACUCUGCCCUCACAGACCGAGCCGUUGGAUGAGCCCGCCGAAAAGAAGGAACGUAGAGAUGACAAAGAGGGCAAGAAGAGGAGAGAAUUUUAUGAGAAGUACCGCAACCCACAGAAGGAAACGGAGACGGAGCGGAUCCCUAUAAGGGAAAACACUUCCUCUGAGGAACACGUGUUGUACGUGUGGGAUCACUUUGUGUCCAAAGCUGCAGCCAAGAAUGUCUUCAUCGUGGCCCACAGCUACGGAGGACUGUCCUUUGUUGAAUUGAUGAAUCACAGGGAAACUGAAGUGAGGAACAAAGUGUGUGCUGUGGCUCUGACGGACUCAGCUCACAACAUCUGGUUACAGGAGACUAGUAAAAGUACACAGGACUGGAUGCAGCAGCACUGUUGUAACUGGGUGUCAAGUCCAGAGCCCUUGGACACUCCCCUGGACUCCAUGCUACCAGACUGCCCACGUGUUUCUGCAGGCACUGAGCGACAUGAGUUGACCUCCUGGAUGAGUUUCGACUCCAUCUUCAGGUUCUUCAGCGAGGUCCUGGAGAUGAAAGAAGACGAGGAGGCAGAAGAGACGUCCACCAACACUGUUACCACACGCAGCAGCUCCCUCAAAAGCAAACAUCAAGAUUUGUAAAAGAAUAACAACAACACUGACUUGGGGCGAGACUGUAGCGGGUGGGAGGCUACAGAUAAAGGAGGUUUCUCCUCCUUUCUGAUAUUUUUUUUCUAUCUUCUCUAACCUCCUUGCUCUGCUCCCCGUUCUCCCUUCCAGCAUUGUUGUUGUUGUGUGAGACAAGAGUCCAGGGUCAGCGUGUGUUCACAGUAAGAGUUUGCAUUACGUCAAGAUGGGCGCAGCCGUCCAAGCAAUACUUGCUGAAGUGUUUGUGCUUCCCGAGGGCUUAUGGACAGUGGGCCGUGCACCGUGCCUUGUGGAACACCAUUGGACUAUACUCCAGAUUCAGCUGCUGAAAAUGUCUUUUCUGACUGAUAGCAUGAAAUUGUUUUUCUUUUUUUUUUUUUUGUCUCUGCUCACCGUGAUUGUUCAUAGUAAGCGUGAGCACACGUUCUUAACUGUUCACCAUACAAAGGCUGUUGUUUUUAUGACUUCUUCAACUUUUAAACUCAUUUACCGAGAUAAAUUUAGAUCACCUGUGCUGUUGUACUCAUCUAUGCAUUCCUCUCCUCUUCAUAUCUUUGAAAUGGAUGUCUGCGGGUGAUUGGAUGCGACGAAACAAAUAAAACAAGCACAAUGUGCGCUGCAUAUUUACAGUGGGGGUCAGUGAGCAUAUUUAAAAUCACUUACAGUCAAGCAUCAAAUGGAUUUAAGGGGUAUCUCAUUUAAACAGGAGCCAUAAGACAGCUCUCAACACUCAUAAAGCCUCAAUAGAUGACACAUGUCAGGAAACCCAAGAUCUCAAUAUUAUUCUAAGCCUGAAUGAUGUUAGAGAAAAGUAUAACAUUUCUAUUUUUUCCCCCUUCUACUUCUUGUGUUCUUAGAUGUGACAACUCCCUGCUCAGCCGCUCUUAAUCUGACUAUGUGACACAAACAUUAUAACAUUUUUUUUAAGUUUUAUAAACCAGUCAAGGCUUAACAGAAUACAUUUCUAAUGUGUCACGACAUUAGUCAAAUCUUACACAGCCAUUGCUAAAUCUUAUGAUACCUUAGACACUUCCUUAAAUAUGUACUUUCCCUUAUUCCCCCCUCACUUCGGAAAGGCGCGAUUGUUUAACUUUUAACUGUGAAAUCCUCUUUCUCCCCCAAGCCCACUAUGUGUGUGUGUGUUAAUGCUUUUGAGGAUUAUCUUCGUGCCGUAAUGAGACAAGUGUGGCUGAUGGUUGCAAGGCCUAAUUUCCUUUUAAUUUGAUUCCCAUCUCUCCUGGUUUCUGAAAAAAAAAUGCCUUGCUUAUUAUUUGAUUUGAUGAAUUUGGUUUCCAGAUACCGUUGCUCAUCUUUCUGCUUUUCACACAAAAUCUGCUCAUUUUUCCCCACUUUAUAAUUUGUACAUUGUUGCCUGGAGGGAACAAACAAGGCUCAGUGUCUCCAAUAACAAACAAAUGAUGAAAGAGCAAAGCACAGUCUGUAAAUAUAUAAAUGGGGAUUUAUUUUGCCAAUUUUCCCUUGAACACAUUA